AUGUUAAAGUUGCUGGUUCUGGUUCUUCUGGGGAUAAACAGCGCUGCAGCUGUGACCCACUCCCUGAAGUUUUUCUACACAGCAUCGUCUCAAGUCCAAAACUUCCCAGAGUUUGUGUCUGUUGGUUUGGUUGAUGAUGCCCAGAUUAAUUACUAUGACAGCAACACUCAGAAAGUUGUUCCGAAGCAGGACUGGGUGAAUGAUGCAGUAGAUCCGCAGUUCUGGGAGAGGAACCUUGCAAUCAUUCAGGGUACCCAGCAGGCCUACAAAGCCAACAUUGACAUUGUAAAGCAGCGCUUCAACCAAACUGGAGGUGUCCACAUUUACCAGUACAUGUACGGCUGUGAAUGGGAUGAUGAGACUGAAGAAGUUACUGGCUUUCGACAGUUUGGCUAUGAUGGGGAAGACUGGCGAAUAUGGGACAUAGAGACAAACACCUGGAUUGCUCCAAACCCACAGUCUGUACUUACUACAAACAGAUGGAACAAUGACAGAGCUAAUCUGGAGUACAGAAAGAACUACCUCAACCAAGUGUGUCCCGAGUGGCUGAAGAAGUAUGUAAACUAUGGAAGAAGUUCUCUGAUGAGAACAGAUCUUCCAUCAGUGUCCAUCCUCCAGAAGUCUUCCUCCUCUCCAAUCAGCUGCUUUGCUACAGGUUUCUACCCCAACAGAGCAGAAAUGUUCUGGAGGAAAGAUGGAGCAGAGAUCCAUGAUGGUGUGGAGAAAGGAGAGAUCCUCCCUAACAAUGAUGGAACCUUCCAGAUGAACGUUGACCUGAAACUUCCAUCAUCUGAGGACUGGACCAAGUAUGAGUGUGUGUUUCAGCUCUCUGGUGUUAACAGAGACAUUGACACUCGUCUGGAAAAAACAAAGAUCAGGACUAAUAAAGGAAACUCCAUGGGGAUCAUUAUUGGUGGUGCUAUUGCUGCACUUCUGGUUCUGGUUGCCAUCAUUGCUGGAGUCGUCUGGUUGAAGACAAAAGAUAACGCUCUAGUCAAUGACGUCCUCAGAGAUUUUCUAAACGUUUUUGUGUUCGUAUACAUCGAUGACAUUCUGAUCUAUUCUAGGAACCUCGGGCAGGUGAAGCCAUCAGAAGACAAAAUCAAUGCAGUGCUGGACUGGUCAACCCCCAAGAAUUUGGGAGCCGUUUCCUGGGAGAUCAACGACCUGAUUAAUCUUGCCUCAGCUUCUGAACCUGACCCAGGAAAUGGACCACCUAAUCCCCAUCCAGGAAUCAGCAGAACCAUUGCCCUUAUCAACCGGCGUUUCUGGUGGCUGUCCCUUCAUAAGGACGUGAAGGAAUACAUGCUGGCCUGUCCCAUCUGUGCCAGAAACAAGCCGUCUCAUCAGCCUCCUUCUGGUCUGCUUCAUCCUCUGCCUGUUCCGUCUCGCCCCUGUUCCCAUAUAGCGGUGGAUUUCGUCACCGGCCUGCCUGUCUCUAAGGAUCGUUUUUACACUGUGGAUAAGACUGUCGACCUGACUGCUGUCCAGAAGGCCAUUGUUGACACCCUCAAGUAA